CUGCAUUCAGGUGUCGCCGGUAACCCACUCAGUGUAAAUAUCCGCCUGAGCUUAAAAAUCUCCGACUUCCAUAGCUGAAACACCGACCAAACCCUCCCCGUUCUGUCGGAUACACGCUGAGGUUUUUGAAUGGAGAUAUCGUCUGUGUUGUGCUCCUGUCUUCCCCCAAUUCCUUGUGCAUUCCUCCCAUCCACUAGAGCCUCCUUGUCUCAAACCACCUCCGCAACGACUCCAGUCACUUACCCACCACCAAAUGCCCCAGCCACAGAAAAAAGGAGCCACCUCAAAGCUUGCUUAUCCAGUAAAUAUGCCGUUCUUGGGGUUCAGCAAUCCCCUAGUUUGAGCUCUGCUUUUCUGAGCCCACUGAAAAUUAAUGUUAAUCCGGUUGAUGGUAACAAUAAAAUCACAACGAGAAUGGAUGUAGUCUCCAUGAGUAUGCUGGCUCCAAGAAAAUCCUGGCAGAGGAGGAAGAAAGUGGAAUUCAAAAACACGGCUGAUGAAGCAAAUAAGAAAAACUGGUGGAGAAUGAUGGAGGAAAUUGAGGAGACAGGUUCAGCACUUACGGUUCUGAAACGCAAAAAGACUGAAGACCAUUCUAUUCGUAGAGACCUGGUUUUAGGCACCUUGGUUAGAUUCAAACAGCUGAAGAAAUGGAACCACGUUAGUGAGAUUCUUGAAUGGCUUCGGCUUCAGAACUGGUGGGACUUCAAUGAAAUGGAUUUGCUGAUGCUUAUUACAGCUUAUGGAAAGCAAGGGGAUUUCAAUAAGGCUGAGAGAAUUUUGACCUUUAUGAAUAAAAAAGGCCAUGUGCCAUGUGUUGUAUCCCAUACUGCCCUCAUGGAAGCUUAUGGAAGAGGAGGCCGUUACAAUAAUGCUGAAGCCAUCUUUAGAAGGAUGCAAUCUUCAGGUCCUGAACCUUCUGCUUUGACAUAUCAAAUAAUACUUAAAAUAUUUGUUGAGGGAAACAAGUUUAAGGAGGCCGAAGAAAUUUUUGCUACUCUUCUGGAUGAUAAAAUAUCACCUUUAAAGCCAGACCAAAAGAUGUUCCACAUGAUGAUCUAUAUGUAUAAGAAGGCUGGGAACUAUGGAAAAGCUCAUGAACUGUUUGCACUGAUGACUGAGAGAAGAGUUCCGCAAUCAACUGUCACUUAUAAUAGUCUAAUGUCUUUUGAAAGUAAUUACAAGGAAGUUUCAAAGAUCUAUGAACAGAUGCGAAGAGCUGGACUCCAACCUGAUGUUGUCAGCUAUGCCUUGCUAAUUAAUGCUUAUGGGAAAGCUAGGAGAGAAGAGGAAGCUUUGGCUGUUUUUGAAGAGAUGCUGGAUGCUGGUGUCAGGCCAACCCAGAAAGCUUAUAAUAUUCUGCUGGAUGCAUUUGCAAUUUCUGGAAUGGUGGAACAAGCUAGGACUGUAUUCAAGAGCAUGAGAAGAAACAGAUGUAACCCUGAUCUAUUUUGCUCUUACACAACUAUGUUGUCUGCUUAUGUGAAUGCAUCUGACAUGGAAGGUGCCAAAAAAUUCUUCAGACAACUGAGGCAAGAUGGACUUCAACCCAAUGUUGUCACAUGUGGGACGUUGAUGAAAGGGUAUGCUAGGGUUAAUAAUCUUGAAAAGAUGAUUGGGAUAUAUGAAGAAAUGCAACUAAGGGGUAUAAAAGCAAAUCAAACCAUUUUCACCACUAUCAUGGAUGCAUAUGGGAUUAACCAAGAUUUUGGCAGUGCUGUUAUUUGGUAUAAGGAAAUGGAAUCUCAUGGUGUUCCACCUGAUCUGAAAGCAAAGAAUAUUCUCUUAUCUUUGGCAAAAACUGCAGAUGAAGAGAAGGAAGCUAACCAAAUUGUAGGAUACCUGGAGAGAGGGGUUAAUGGGAUUUCCAGGUAUGUUGGUGAUGAAGAUUAUGAUGAAGAUGAUCCUGAUGCUGCAAAUGAAUAUGUAGAAGAUAUUUCUCAAGGAGAGAAAGAAGGAUCUCAUGACUGGCCUCCCUCACUAUUUCCAAACUGAGAUUUCUUGUUGGUAUCAUAAUUGACAAUUGUAUCUGAGAAGAGGAUAAUUAUGUGCUUUGUCAUUGGGAUGAAACUGGAAUGUGCCUCAGGCUCAGAUAAAAUAUACCUUGGACC